UGUGAACUUGAAUGGUUGAAAUAUGAAGAGAUUCCAAACCCCAUUAUAAACGCCAAAACCUUGCCUCACCCUUCGCUUCUUUCGAUCUGCUCCUUUAUCAAACCCUAUCAUUCCCCCACUUUCCCUCCACAAUUUUCUUCGCUGUUGCUUCUUUUUCCGACAGAUUCAUUCCUCAGGAUUUCGCCGGCGAUCUCUGUUUUGGGUCCACAGAGCGGCUUUCAGGGAAAUUUUGGAGGGUUUUGGGAGGGAGAGAGAGAGAGAGAGAGAGAGGAGGAGGCCAUGUCGGCGGGAGUCUGUGGAAAGCGGGUGGGGUUUGAGGAGAUCUUUGGAUCUUCUUCUCCGACGGCCUGUUCUUCGGCUAAGAGGUCUCGUUGGUCCAGUUUCGGAUCCUCGACCCGAUCGGAGUUCGGUUCUGGACCUGAGGAUUCUGCUUCGGUUUUGCUUCAAAUGUUUCCUGGAGUCGGUGGUGCCGAGGUACCUUCCUUCGAUGAUUAUAAUGCUGGUGUCGAUUCUGCACCAAUUCUGAAUUGUUCAACGCUUCCUGAUGAGAGAACAGCUACAUGCAGUCAAAUGUCACACGAGAAGGGCGAAGAAGCUAGAGAUGUCGGUUCGGCCAUUGCUGAAGGGAAUGGAAUGCAUGGGUGCAAAUGGGUGGACAUGUUUGUGCAGGAGAUGGCGAGCACGGUGGAUGUCGAUGAUGCUAGAGUUCGAGCUGCAAGGAUUUUAGAAGCUUUUGAACAUGACAUAACUGCUCAUUCAAGAGAAUCAGAGGAGUUAAAGCAUGAAUCUUUGAAGGAGCAUUUCCAAAGUUUGGUAAAUGACAACCAAAUUUUAAAGAGAGCAGUAGCGAUUCAGCAUGAGCGCAAUCUCGAGCAAGAAGAGAAGAAAAAAGAAGUUCAUCAGUUAAAGCAUGUAUUAUGCCAGUAUCAAGAACAAAUUCAAAGUUUAGAGGUAAGAAAUUACACAUUAAAUCUCCAUCUGCAGAGGGCACAAACUGUUUCAGGAGGACACUUCCACCAAGACAUGUUUUAAGGUUGUUUUAGCUUCAUUAUUUUUCUCUAUAUGUAGUAACUUCUUUUCUUUGACCUGCAAUAUUAUAAAGCCAGUUUCGCAGUUUGUUUACUGUAAUGGAAGGUUCAAUGCUUUGGUCUGCUUAGUUUGUAUGGUUUUAAUGCUACAUUAUUCUACAUAUAUAUCUCGAUCGAUUGUUCUUA